AUGGGAGGUAGCACCAAACCAGCAACUACACCGAUAUCACACGAGGCCAGCCAUGAGGGCGAUGAAAUACAGUCCAUUAUUUCCGAUGACGAUGACAUUGAUUCCCAAGCUUCAGAUGAAACAACGACCGAAGAAAUGACCGGUAACGCUCUUAUACGAUUAUUCCUUGCCGAGGAACUACAAUUCAAAGCAACCUGCUUGAAGGCUUUGCAUAAGCUAGGCAGAAAUCGGUUCGUGGAGAAUUUGCGACGAUUAUUGAAAGCAUUUUACAAGAAUCUUUUAGCAGAAGCUCAAAGUGAAGCCGAAAAAGCUGUUGCUAGAUUACUACGUAGUAGACGAGGAAGAUUACGCAUCAGCGAUCAGCUCGCUCUUUAUAUAGCGCAAGGGGAGGAGGAUGUUCAGGAUAACUCGAUUCUCCUGAAAGACAAGCACCAAAUCGAAACAUGGUUAGCGCGAGUUGCAGGUAAACCAGGUGGUUCAAAAUGGGAGGUUACCGUUCAGGGCAUAGAUGACGACUCCUCGACCUCCAGCUCCGAAGAAGACGUCGAAAGAGACAGCUUCCCAGUUACUUCUGACCUAAGAUUAUUUCUACGUCAGUCGAAAUCAUUUCGAAAACUGCAGAAAGAUUUCAUGCUCAUUUUAAUACCAUUGGAUCUAAGUCAAGUACUUCAAUCAAUACCCAGAAUGGAUAUCUGGGUAUCACAAGAGCAAGAACUCUCGCUUUCCAACAAAAUGAAAACCUUGGUAGAGGAAAAUACUCAGUUAAGGUGGAACUGGUGGCCUUUAAGUCCACGGAAACGAAUGCUGCAGCAUAACGAGGCACGGAUGUUCUGGCGAUGCAGUUGCGGUGCCGAACAAUGGCAGGAAAUUUCCGAUGAACAACGCGUGCUUGUGGAAACCAUUCUUGACUAUUUAGACCUCGAGCCUAAAUCGACGUACUUGUGUGCACUCAAGGGAGAAAGUGUAUCUCUUACAACCUGGUUAAAGAGCUUAUUCCGACAAUGUAGUUCAGGAUCAGUACCUCUGGAUUCAUCCGCAGCCCAGAAAUACACGCCGCCUGGGAAAGCAGCAUCUCCAUCACUUUUAGAACACCAAUCUCCCCAACAGAGCAGCGCUGCGUCCGCUGCUUCUGCCCCAGCUCAGACCCGUCAGCGGAAUUCUAUAACUAGACAGCAAACUUCAUUAUCUACACCUUUUCCGAGCGCGCAGGACGAAAGCUGGAUAUUAUUCGGCGUCCAAGGAGCAUCGCCAAUCCUGAUACCCUCCGAGAUACAAGUUAAAAGCCAAGCAACAGACUAUAGCGUCUUUCAGGAUUUGAAGAGAUGCUAUCAAUCGCAACGAGGCUGGUUAAGAUUAUGGUUCUCUAUUUGGCGUUUAGAAUAUUGUGAAGUCGUAAAGUUUGACAGACUGGCUCUCAACUACAUGGCCCGCGACCACAGAGACCUGCCAACCCACCAAGAGUAUAAGUACGAGCCCCGUCGCGAUAGGGGUGCUAAAAACCCACCUAUUUCUCCCCACUCUUUCAAGACCCUUUUCUAUACCUGCUCCUCGCCUUGCACAUGGCCUGUUCCUCACCAAUGUAUAUCUAUCUCAACAGGCUGCGUGUUUCUGGAGCGGAUCCCUAAGCGGAGGCGUAGUUUUGAGAAGGAUCUAGAUUCUCCUAUAUGGGGAUUGGAAGCGGUAUUCGAGCUGUCUACUGCCUAUGUCCUCGUCUAUCAUUGCUGCAUUAUAGCCGGACCACUUACAUUCUGGGGAUGGUGGCUCCGAUUUCAUCCAGAUGAUUUACAGAAUGCUUCUGUCCCGAUGACUAUCAUUCUUACUUGUCUAUCACUUUUCUGGGGUUGUGCUGGAAUCCUAACAAGCAGUGGUCAGAAAAGAGAUUGA